GAAGAAGAAGAAGAAGAGAACCGUUAGAGUGUCAGCCAUUACAGUAUUCUGCGUUUGGCAACAGUCUUUCGGAUUUGGAAAUGCAGACGUUCUUAUUCUUCUUUAGUAGCGUAAACCAUUAUUAAUCAAUCAAUCUAUCACAAUCGGUAUACCUCUCUUGUUGGAAUUUAGAUGGUUUUGUUCAGUCGUCGCUGUCUGUCGAGUGGAUGGGUGUGGUUCAGAAACGGUCAACCAGAAUAAUAGUCAUCGAAAUCUAAUUUUGCCGGAAUCUUCAACAUUAUGAAGACCUUAUUAUUUUUUCUUCAGAUUUUUCUUCUAAUGUGCGGUGUGUUUGGUGCAGAUGAAGUGAAGACUGUGUCAGUGAUGGAGGGAGAAUCUGUCACUCUGAACCCUGAUCUCACUCAAAUACAGGGAGUUAAUGAGAUACUGUGGAGGUUUGGAGGUUCCACCAUCGCUAAAAAAGAUGGAAAUGAUAUCGUAUAUGAAGAUGUUAAGGGAUUCAAAGACAGACUUCAGCUGGAUAAUCAGACUGGAUCUCUCACCAUCACAAACGUCAGAAUCAAUCACUCUGGACUUUAUAAAGCAGAAAUCAGGCACAACAGUGGAACUUUAUAUCCGAAAUUCAGUCUAACUGUCUAUGAGUCUCCAUCUGUUAUUGCUCAGACUGAAGCUGAAUUGAAGAGUGUGUCAGUGACGGAGGGAGAUCCUGUCACUCUUGAUGUUCCUCAAAUACAAGGAGAUGAGCUGAUAGUGUGGAGGUUUGGGGAUGAAGGAAAACUCAUAGCUAAAGCUGAUAUAGAGGCCAAGAGUUUAUCAUUAUAUGAUGAAACUGAUGAGAGAUUCAGAGACAGACUGAAACUGGAUCAGACUGGAUCUCUGACCAUCACAAACACCAGAAUCACAGACACUGGAGAAUAUAAAGUGAAGAUCAGCAGCAACAAACAGACUUCAUACAAGAGAUUCAUUGUUACUGUCAUACCUGGUCUCUCUGAUGGUGCUAAAGCAUUGAUUGUUAUUGGUGUUCUUCUGCUGCUGGCUGCAGCUGCUGCUGGUGUGAUUUACUACUACCGUCGCCCCAUUAACACUAAUCUACCAAGCCAAACAUGUAAGUAUUACAGUUGAUACAGCAAGAGAGAAAACAUUGAGAUUUAUUGUGGUUCAGUAGAGUUUAAAUAUAUAAGAUGAUUUUUCAGUCAACAUUUCUGAUUUUUUCAAAUUCUUGUAUCUGCUUGUAAUUGAUGCUGUAAUUAAUGUAGUGUGUGAUUGAGCAGAAUUACAUAA